AUAACCGAACCGGAAACUUGCCGAGAUGUUUUGUCCUGUCAGUACUUUGUUUUUAAUCCGAUUCGCAGGUUAUGACACGUGGAUACUUUUUUUAGUUUAAACGACACUUCUGGUAGUAUUUUAUCUUAUGUUAAAUCAGUAUCAGCAAAAUACAAGUGAACAUCAGCGCUGCCAAAUGGAUCAAACUGUCAGUUUACCGAAUCAGACUAAGAAAUUAGGCCCAGCCGCGUUGGUGGAAACAAACAGCAAUCCGAACGGCCUGGAGCUGGUGAGCUCAUAUCACACCAACCGAGUAGGAGACCCUAUGGACCUUGUCUCUCUGGCUCAGCAGGUUCAGAAGGGAGACGAAUUUGUCCGAGCGAACGCCUGCAACAGGCUGACCGUCAUCGCCGAGCAAAUACGAUACUUGCAGGAUCAAGCCAGAAAGGUGUUAGAGGACGCUAAGAGGGACGCCGACCUGCACCAUGCAGCCUGUAACGUCGUAAAGAAGCCAGGAAACGUGUACCACCUGUACGUGCGUGACUCUGGCCAGCGCUACUUCUCUAUACUCUCCCCGCAGGAAUGGGGUUCUAGUUGUCCACACAAGUUCCUCGGGGCUUACAAACUGCAGUACGACAUGUCCUGGACUCCACUAGAAGACGUUGAGAAGCAGGAAGCUGAAAUCAGCGUAAUGGACAAACUCCUGAACAGUCAAACGGCUCUUCCGUCCAGCACGGGACCAAACUUCAACGGUCUUCCAAACUGAUCUGACGCCCUGUGUGUGUGUGUGUGUGUGUGUGUGUGUGUGUGUGUAUAUGCUCAACAUAAUCAAUUUAAACACACAAGCAUCGAAGAAAUCAGACGAUGAGCGUAUGUGGGCGAGUCCGUCGUCUGUUUCUGUACUAAAACCUAGAGACAAACAGAUUAUUAUAAACAGACAGAUUCUAACGGGAAAUACGGAUGAAAAAUUAGCUGACGUUGGAAAAAUUGGCUGAUGGACCACAUGACAAAGAGAAAAGAUUAGAAAGCUGUGAAUGAUUAAACCUGCUCAGGUGCAGAGCAGCAGACCCAAACUUUUUGGAAACCAUGUUGACAAGCCGUUAUUUAAAGGGGAAUUUGUCCUGUCACACUUGUUGAUGCAAUAUAAAUAUGCAAAUAAGAAGGAAGUUAAUCCAAGGUUUAGGAAUGGACAGCAUGAAAUGUCAGAUUAUGAAGAGCCAGGAUUACUUGUAUUAGAGUACGAACAGUGCGAAACCUCAAACAACAUAUACCAGUGUUCCCUUUAACUUGGGUUUACUAGGACCCAGGGGAAAUAUUUCACCUGUGAAAAGCCUUAGAAACUUCGGGGUUAUGAUUUCAGGGAAUUGUGUGAAAAUGUUCUAUAAGGAGAUUUAUAUUCCGGAUUUUCUGAUAGAAGUUUCCACUGUUAGAGCUUUGUAAUAUUUACUUAACCUUGUGGUCAUUUUUUUUUAAUUUGUUUGGUCUGCCUGAACAGUACAACGUGGCUGCUUGAAAAACAAUAAAAAUACAAAGUGUGUGAUUA